AUGGAUCGUGAAACAGAGACUAUCACAGUCAGCGGUGAGACUAUUGUCAUUCCUGGUGAAAAUCGUACCCUCACAGAAGAACUAGAAUAUACCCCAGAAACCUACACUACCACGAUAACGAACCCAUCAACCUAUAUCUCCACCUAUACGACUACAAGGCUGCUUCAACCCGUAUAUACGUUGAUUGGAGAAGAUACUACCAUUAAGCAGACAUUUGGAUACACUGAACCUGGCGUGCCAAUUUUCUUUACUGCUCAACCGAAUCCAGAACCAGCACUCGCAGUGACAGAGACUGUCAUUGAAUGA